AUGUCGUCAUCCCCAUCUUCUGCGUCUAGCUCAUCGCACCCAAACCCAAUAACCCUGCACGUAGCCUUCCGGGGUACAACACACACGCUCUCGCUUCCACCCGACACACCGCUCGAUGCGCUACAUGCGCGGAUCGAGGAGCUCACGGAGGUGCCGCCUGCGCUGCAGAAGCUGUUGUACAAGGGUAAGCGCUCGAUAGCGGCUGGUGGAGAUGCGACUGUGGAAGCGGUGGGAUUGAGGGAUGGGGUGAAGGUACAGAUGCUUGGCUCGACGAUGCGCGAGGUUGAGGGUGUUAGAGCUGUGGAAGGGGAGAGGGCGCGCAGGGAGGGUGUGAUGCACAAGAGGGCGAUGAAGCCUGCUGUCAAGGUGGGGACUACAGGGCCAGCGGGAAACUCGAUAUCUACCCUUUCUUCCUCCUCUUCAUCCAGCUCGCUCCAACACCGCUUCCACGCCCUCCAGCCACUCGCACACCUCCCCAACCCCGACGCUGCACAUGCUUUGCUAACUAAACUCUCCUCGGACCCCGCGAUCCUGCACAUCAUGCACACGCACCAGUUCUCCGUCGGGCUGCUGACGGAGCUCGCGCCGCACGAGCACCCGGAGCUGCUUGGGUUGAAUGAGAAUAGAGGCGAGAAGAUCAAGUUGCGGUUGAGGACGGAUAAGUAUGAUGGGUUUAGAUUGUAUAGUGAUGUGAGGAGGGUGCUGUGUCAUGAGCUGACGCAUAAUGUGUGGGGUGACCAUGAUGAGAAUUUCAAGGCGCUUAAUUCGAAGCUGAAUAGGGAGGUUGCGGAGUACGAACGCGCUGUGGCGCAGGGAACGCAUUACCUCUCCGGGCGGCCUGGCGAGGUGUACGAGCCAGCAGCUGAACUCGAGGCCGAGGCGCGCGCGUACACCCUCGGCGGCGGCGCCUCUUCGUCAAGAGCUGUUUCAGAUAGUAUGGCUGCGUUUGAUGUGGAGACGCAGGAGGAGAGGAGGAUGCGUGUGUUGGCUGCGACGAUGAACCGGCUGAGGAAGGAGGAGGAGGAUAUUGAGCAUUCGUGCGGGACGGGGAAGGGGCGCGCGUCGAGGACGAGCGCCUAA